AUGCAUAAAUACAUGAGAAAAUGGAAAAAUAUGGACAAUCAAGCUAACAUAACGGGCAUGCAAGAACUACACUACAUGCUCUUUCUUUUUUGUUGGGACUGGUAGAAGUGUUGGACCUGGUCCAAGAGAGGCCCAAUAAUGGUUGGGUAUUUCUUUCUAGGCCCAUUUGCGGGACGAGAGGAUGGCGAGGAGGUUAGUUUUGCGGGUGUUUCUGGGGGCGAAGCACAUGACGGCGAAUGUGGUGGACUGGAACGGCGGAGGGAGGGUGGUGGCGAGUGCGUCGACGGUGGAGCAGGCGAUAGCAAACGCGUUCGAUUGGGGGAGGAGCUUCAACGUGAAGGCAGCAGCAUCGGUCGGAGAGGUGCUGGCAAUGCGGCUGAAGACGGAGGAGCCGGAGAUAGGGAUGGGAGGUAGAGUCGAGUUUGACGUCGAGAAGGAGAUCGAGAAGAAGGGCCAUGACAGUGGACACAAGGUGUGGGCGGUGGUUAAUGCUUUGAAGAACAGAGGCGUCAAGGUUGUCAUCUCCAACGAAUCAUCAUAGUGUAGGUUAGUGAAUUGCUUUUGUAUUCUGUGAGUUGUUGUUUCUUCUCAACAUGUAAUGUGCUUGUACUUGGUGACAGCAUGCUAGAAUGAGUAGUUUGAGUUGUUUGGUUGGAUUAGAAAACAGAAACUAUAAACAGAUUUUAGCCAACCAAUCAUAGCUUAACUGUACCUACCUCCCAAGCAUGAUCAAGUUAGUGAAUAAACUGUUGUGGAAUAUGUUGAAAAACAUUAAGACAUGAAA